AUGUGGAUGUUGCAAACUGUCAACAUUCCCUUGCUCACAUCUCCAAGAGGAGUAGAAACGCCGUUGCUCAACUAUUUCUUUUUCCUCGUCAUCCUUGGAAACUACACCUUAUACACUAAUCAAGAUGAAGGUUGUCGGAUCUACCUGCGCCCUGAAGAGCAAGGUCGGCGGAGAGGACGUGGUGCGCUGCCUGUCCGAUCAGAGCCUGACCAUCUCCAAGUGCAAGAUCCCGCUUCUGGACGAGCAGAUGACCGUCUUUCUGCAGGACAUGAACAGCUGCUACAGCAAGCUGAAAGAGCUCGUGCCCACCCUGCCCACUAACAAGAAGGCCAGCAAAGUGGAGAUCCUGCAGCACGUAAUCGAUUACAUCUGGGACCUGCAGGUCGAGCUGGACGAGCCGGAGAAGAGCCGCCAGCACUCCGCCGGCAACGUCCCCCGCACACCGCUGACCACCCUGAACGCAGAGAUCGCCAGCAUCUCAGUGGAGAAUGGAUGCUCAGAUGACAGGAUUAUGUGCCGUUAAGAGCUCGUGGAGCAUUGCACCAUGACCCCACAGGGAGCACCGCCAAGAACGAACAAGGCUACAUGAUGUGACUUCUCGACCACAUCAAUAAAAAACCUUGAACUGUGUAGGGACGUUUCAAACUCCCAAUGCUAGAAAAAUAACGUUGUGUGGACAUCCUCCGGCGGCGAGGAUCUCUGCCGCUCACGACUCUCGAUUCAUCCGAGGGUCCUGAGAGAAGAAGACCGGUAGUGUCCAGAUAGAGACUGGGUUAGCCGGAGGACCAAGACGAGUUCAGUGCAGCCAGCAGCCGCUUGUUGCUUGUAGAGUUUCUAAAGAAAACUAAUGUUUCUGUCACGCUCUUUGUAUCUUGUGUAAACCAUGUAGAGAAUUCAACGUUUUGUAAAAGAAAAAAAGUAAAUUUCUCAGAUUCCUGAGCGACAAACUGUAUUGUAUAUUACAAUGCCUCAUUAUGUGAAGAUAUUGUUUUCUUACAAUGUACCUUAUUGGUGUUUUUAUUAAAACAAGACAAUUAUUUUUGAACAAGAA